AAAGCGCUUAUUGAAACACAGCCGGGAGGAACAGUAAAGAUGGCGGCGCUCAUGCGGCACGCUGGAUGCGUGUGUACAGUACUUCAGCCAGCCUGGACAGUCAGAAUCUCCAGAUAUGUGAGACGCAGAGUACCGACCGUCCGUACGGAGCCGGAGUGCUCCAGCUCAGACACUAAAUACCUGCAGAUUAAAGGCGCAAAACCAGAACCACUGAAGGAGGCUGAGGGAGGUGUAGGUCAGAAACAUGGAGGCGAGGUUAGAGCUCCACUCCUGCAGCACUCAGACUCUCCUCCACCUUCCUCUUCUUCCCCUCCUCAGAAAACAGCGAGCAGGAAGACUGUGUUUACUCCCAGGCUUUCAGUAUUAAACCAGGAGAAAGGCCUGCGGUAUGAUAAGGCCCAGCCUGCUGACAGGAGUGUGUCACGUUUGGUUAACCUGGCUCGCUCAAAGAUGCUCCGUGAGCAACAAGGCAAGAUUCUUCUGGAAGGAAGGCGUCUCAUUACUGAUGCCCUGGAUGCUGGAGUUUCACUGCAGACAGUCUUCUUCAGUUCAGUGGAGAAACUUAAGGAGCUUCCCCUCGAAAAACUUGCACACGCCAGCUUAAUCAAAGUUAAAUUGGAGGACAUCAGAAUCUGGCCUGAUCUUGACACACCUCAGCUUAUUGCUGUGUUUAAACGCCCAGAAGUGUCCCAAAUGCAGUUUUGUGAGGAGAAGUAUGGGAAGGCAUUGCCAUUGACCCUUAUCUGCGACAAUGUGCGGGACCCUGGAAACCUGGGAACAACUUUACGCUGCGCAGCUGCUGCUGGAUGCCACAGCGUUCUACUUACUAAAGGUUGUGUUGAUAUCUGGGAGCCUAAAGUUCUUCGAGCUGCCAUGGGCUCCCACUUUCGCCUACCCAUAAUACCAAGUCUCACCUGGACUGACCUCAACCGCCACCUUCCUGCCAACACAACUGUCCAUGUGGCUGACAACUGCAGAGGCACCACAGAGGAAGCUGAAUUCCCAGCAACACCUCAACCACAGAAAAAACCCGGAGACUAUGGAUGGGUCAGAAGCCGCCAUAACUCUAGAAAAAUGAGUUAUGAUGAUGAUUAUGAUGAUAAUUAUGAUUUAAGCGAAUUUCAAGACUAUGAGGAGGAUGGAUUCACAAAGACGAGGCUUGAUUUACAGACUCAGCCAUAUCAUAACGGUUGGGUUGGUAGGCACACGGCCAUUGUGAUUGGUGGAGAGACUCACGGCCUGAGUCAAGAAGCCAUGCAAUUGGCUAAUCGAACAGGGGGGCGGAGAUUAAUGAUCCCCAUGGUGCAUGGAGUGGACAGUCUGAAUUCUGCCAUGGCUGCCAGUGUGUUACUGUUUGAGGGCAGGAGACAACUGAUGACAGGAUAAAAGAAGAUGGUGUUAAAUGGUUUACUCCAUAAUUGUUCUCUUCAUCUACAAGAGUACAUCUGUAUUAUACUGUAUCAUGACAAGUUUAACUUAAAUUGGGUAAAAAAAAUGCUUAAACACAAUUAUUUUUAUGUUUGCUUUAUAAUAAAAAAUGUCCUUAUCUAUUU